AUGAUGCAGCCGGCGGUCCAAGCUUCCACCAGAUACAACAACAACAACAACAACAACAACAACAACAACAAUGGCCAGAAUUCCCACACCCAGUCAUCGCCCUCCUACUCGUCGCAUGGCGGCGGACAUCACCACCAGGACCCCGCAGACAGCGAUGACGGAGGCCAGCAGAGUGGGGAAGACGACCAUGACCUCGACGACCAGGGCGAGGGCGUGCGUCUGGGGAAGCGCAAGAGACCGGUAUCUGUUUCGUGCGAGUUGUGCAAACAGCGCAAAGUGAAAUGUGACCGCGCCCAGCCAUCGUGCGGCUGGUGUAGCCGAAACGGAGCUACCUGCGAAUACAAGGAGCGCAAGAAGCCGGGUCUACGCGCUGGCUACGGACGGGAAUUGGAGCAGCGGCUGGACAAGCUGGAAGGAAUGUUGAGGGCUCACGACAAGCUGCUGCAAGCUCUGACCUCCAACUCAAACACUAGUCCGGGAAGCGGCAAUGGCAGCGGUACCGGUGCCUUUGGCCAUCACAACGCUCCCAGCGUCAGGGGAAGUCACACCAGCCAGCUGAGCGAUCGAGGCACGCCACGAGAGGUCCGUGAGGCCGGCCCGCCGUCGAUAUUCGCGCGGAGCGAGACCAUCCGGACCCCCCAGGCCGAGACGGCCUUGUUCCUCCAAAGACCCACGACAUCGGUUGACCUGGGGAUACAGGGCCCUCUGUCAGCCACAUCCACCAUGGCGGACCCGUUUCAGAGUCUAUCCAACAGCAUCGUCUCGCCCCGCGGCCAGUUGCCAGCUUCCGGUCCAGGCACUGGAGCACAGGAGUACUACACUACCGCACCGACGACCUCGGUGGCCGCUCUACAAUCACCACCAGCCCAGGCGCCGCCAGGAAGCCACAUGGGCACCGAACAGGAGCUACCGCCGUACGACCUGCUCUAUGGCCUGGUGGACUUGUACUUUAAGCACAUCAACACGUGGUGCCCUAUCCUACACCGAACGACGACGUUGGAUGCCCUCUUUGGGCCGUCAAUCUUGGACGAGACCGACAAGAUCCUGCUGCAUGCCAUUGUGGCCACCACCGUACGAUACUCGACAGAUCAACGGCUGACUGACGGAGCUCGCCAACGAUACCAUUCCGCGUCCAAGAACCGCGUGAUUUUGUAUGGCAUGGAGAACCUCUCUGUCAAGUCGCUGCAGGCGUUGGUCAUCCUGGCUCUGGAUUUGUGCGGAAGCGGCAAUGGCCCGCCCGGUUGGAACAUCAUGGCCAUCAUCACCCGGGCCGUCGUCCAGCUAGGUCUGGCAGUGGAAAGCAACUCCAUCUCGGUGGCACCCAACUACCAGUCCAUCUACACGCUCCGGGCCAUGAUCCUCCCAGAACCCCGCGAUUUUAUUGAAGAAGAGUCCAGGCGGAGGUUAUUCUGGAUGGUGUACCUUCUCGACCGAUACGCGACGAUAGCCACCGCCUUUGACUUUGCGCUCGACGAUCGAGAGGUUGACCGAACCCUCCCAUGUCGAGAUGACUUGUGGAUCAAGAACCAAAAAGUCGACACCCGAUGGCUGCGCCUGGACGACUCUCGACCAACCCUAACAAGUGGCAAUUCGCCCGAGUACGAGGUCGACAAGCCGGAGAAUCUGGGCGCCUUCAGCCAUUACAUCGAGAUCCUCUCCAUACUCUCCAGGAUACACAAGUUCCUCCGCAAGCCCGUUGACAUCAGCGCGCUGUCGGAUGUCGAGCAGUGGCAGAUGCGCUACAAGGAGCUGGACAACAUGCUGGCUGCCUGGAAGUUCAAUCUCCCGGGGGAUUAUGGCAACAUGGCCAAGCUCUUCCAACCAAGCUCCGCCAAAGCCAUCAAUUGUGGCUGGGUGAUGUUGCACGCAACUUUCCACACCGCCGUCAUCCGCCUUCACUCCUCCGCCGCCUAUCCCACCACCCGCUCCCCGAUCUUCACCCCAAGUUACAGCGCCUCGCAGCGGUGUCACAGUGCGGCCGAGAACAUCGCUGCCCUCCGCGAGUUUGUCGUCAGCAAUAACCUGCUGAACAAGCUCGGGCCACCAUUCGCGUUCACGCUGUGGGUGGCCGCCCGCGUCUUGCUUGUUCACGGGAGCACGGUGGAGCACAAACUGGAUACCUCGCAGAUACGGUUAUUUGUCGACACGCUGGGGGAGAUGGGGCGGUACUGGCCUGUCGCGACGCGGUACUGUGGGCUUCUUACCCGUGUGCUGGAGGAACAUCACGACAAUGCUCGCCAGGGAGGGAGCGAGACGCCGAAGAUUGUCAAGAUUCUGGCCGACAUGCGGAGGACGGCGUUUGACCUCGACUUUUUGAUCAGUCGGCAGCCGAGGCAUGUUCCACGGAGCAAGAAUGGUGUGCCGGGGUCGAGUGGUGCUGCUGGUGGUCCUGGUGGGGGGGCACCUACCGGGCCGGGAGGGGGUGGUGGUGGUGGUGGUGGGUGGCCGGGGAGGUUUGGGCAGGCGCCGCCGGCCACAAACGAGUUGGAGUAUUUGGACGUGUUUGACUUUUUUAAUGUGCCGAGGCUGCCGGUUGCGCAGGCUGGGAUGGUGAGUGAUUCGCAUGGUAGUGGUCAUGGUGUUUCGGGGGGUGAUGGGAUGGGGGGAGGAGGGAUAGGGCAUGGUGGGGGGGCGGCGGUGGCGGGGGAGUUCAAUAUUACCGAAUUCAUGGUGGAUGCUAAUAGGGAUUGGCUUUUUCAGCAGGGGGAGACCAAGUUUUUGGCUUGA